AUACAUUGAAAAUAAAUACUAUUAAAGUUGUUUAAAGCAGAUUAUCUGAAAGUGUAUUUGUGGAUACAAUGGUGACCACAAAAGAUAAAGUGCCAUUUGUUAUCAUAUUUAUCAUAGUUUGUGCCAAUUAUGCUAUUAGUGCUCACUUUCAACAAAAUACUAAUAAGGAUUUGUUUAAACAAAUUAUAUCGCGAAAGAUGGACGUCGAUAGACAGGGACUUAUAGGAAGUUCUUUAUUGGGCGGACCACUUGCUGUCGCCGCUUUUCUCUUAACUCUUCCGGCAUUACCGGCACUAUUGAUGGCACCAUUAGCUGUGGCCGGUUUGCGUCCUACUAUCGGAGCUGUCGGACAAUUCAUGAAUAGUAUCAAUUCUGGGUCUGGAUUUACACAGGGAAUCGCAUCAUUGCUUAAUCCACCCAAUAGUCUGGAUCAGGACACGUCUGCAUCUAAUUCAGUGUCGUCCACAUCGACUACCGGUUCUAAUAAUGCAGCCGUCUCUUCGUUUUCUUCGGCAUUGAGAUCUAUUUCAGAGCUUAUAUUCAACCGACGGCUCUCUAAUCCAGGAUUAAACAGAAUCCCUAAUAAACAACAAAAUCCAAACUCUGAAACAACUAAUACUAAACCUAAUAGCGAUUCUACAGAAAGUCCACAACAAAGGAUCGGUACAUUAAUGUCAUCGCUGAGGGAUGUAUACGGGAUCAUCAAGAAUGGACUUCGGAGGUAUGAAAUUACUGAUAGCGACUGUCAAUCAAGAAUCAUAUGUGAAGUACAUCAGAAAGCAGUCGGAAGAAGUACACCAUUGGCCACAUUUACUGCACAACUCAUGGAUAUUAUUGGUCUUGAGAAACAUUUAGAGGGAUCUAAUGCUGUAACAGAAAAAUCCAAAUAUUUUAUUAAAGACUUUGUGAGGGCCGCUAAAACAGGACUCAAGAAUAAGGACUGUUCGUCUGUAUUCAGUAGAUGUCCAGCCAUUUCAAACAUCUUAGAUUCGCCACAUUUUAGUGCCAUUAAUAAUCUUAAAGACAGACCAAAUAUUCAAGAAAUCAAUCAAUUAUUACAAUCAAAGUUAUCUCCCAAUAAAGCCAUUGGCAAACAAGUCAUUAAAGCAUCACUUUUGAAGACACCGCAAACCCUCAUCUAUAACACAAAUAUUAAACAAAAACUGUGA